CAUAAAAUGGAACCAAUCACUACUCCUACUACCGCCACCGUAAAGCCAAACAUCAUCCUGGUCCAUGGAUCAUGGGGUGAGGGCUCAAUCUGGAGCAAGGUCACUUUGGGACUGCUCGCCAAGGGAUACAAUGUCCGUGCCGUUCAGAACCUCGCCACAUCACUCACUGAUGAUAUUGAGCGUGUGAACCAAUUGGUUGCCUCACUCGAUGGUCCAAGCAUCCUGGUCGGUCACUCAUACGGUGGUAUGAUCAUCACUGGCGCUGGCAACUCUGACAAGGUCAUCGGUCUCGUCUAUAUCGCCGCAUUCGUUCCAGAUCAGGGAGAGUCUCUGAUGACUCUCGGUGCCAUGAAGGACCCAGCCCCCGGCCUCGGCUUCAUCGUCCCAGAUGCCAGCGGAUUCACCACCUACGCCAUCUCUGCAUUCCGUGAGAACAUGUGUCCAGACAUUGACGAGUGUCUCGCCACUGCCAUGGCCCACGCACAGAAGCCCACCAAACUUUAA